AUGUCAAAUAAAAAGGAAAAGGAAACUGAAGUUGCUAAUCCUACUAACACUCCUGAGACAGCUCAAGGAUUUUAAUUUAUUCCUACUAGAUUCAAAAAGUCUGAAACAAAAGAAGGCAGUGAUUUCAGAUGGUGGGUUACUUUUUUCCUAUUCUUGCAUGUAGGAUUUAUAUGUCUUGCACUAACUUUCAUUAAAUUUUUCUUGGUGCUUUUCCAAUUACUAUAUAUUUACUUUUGCUAUUUCACCUGCAUGACUCUAAGUAGACUUGUGGGUGUUGCUUAUCUUCUAUCAAUAAUUGGUGGAGGAAUAUAUGGAAUCUAUGAUUUAUUUGAUUUCAAGAGUAAUUAUGGCUUUGAAUCGAUGAUUCUAUACAUUGGUAUUUUGGUGGUGCAAGCAUUUGGAUUCUUCUUUAUAGGCAGAUCUAUGAUUAAUUACACAAAAUCUUUGAAUCAACCAGCCCACCAGCCUUUGAUUGAAAAGUAGAAAAAGAAACGUAGAAGAUCAUCUAAAAAGAAAGUAGAUCAGAAAGGAUCAACUAAAGGUGACGAAUCAAAAUCAGAGUAUACAUAUUAUUCAUAAAGUGAUGAAGAGAAAGGGAAAAAAGAGAAAAAUGAUCAAAAUGAUUAAGCUCAAGAGACACCUUAGCCCACCCCAAAAUGA